AUGGAUGAUUCAACCUCAGAUUGUCAGCUCAAUCAUGGCGAAGUGGAUUUAAUCUCAGAUUGUCAGUUCAAUCACGGUGAAGUGGAUUUCGAAUUUGAAUCGAACGAAGUUCCUGAGGAGUCCUUGCGUCCCCUCUCUAUUGUUGAUGAGCAACUUAUUCCCAAGGAUGUUGGUGCUUGGAUCAUUUCGAAGGUCAUGCUGCAUCAUUCACACCCCUGCUGUCCAACUCAAGCAGAGAUGCUCAAACAGCACAGGGAACUAAGCAUGUCCGUUCGUCGUACAAUAGAGAAUAACAAGGAGGCCAGUAUCAAACCAAGCAAAGCAUUCCAAUCAUUCGUUGUGGCAGUCGGGGGUCACCGCGAGUUAAAUUUUAUUGAAAAGGAUGUGAGGAAUUACAUCACGAGAGAAGUCCGGAAUGUUUCGGAACAAGAAUAUGCAAAGGAAUUCGGGAAAUAUUUAUUGAGAAUGAAAGAGAAGAAUCAGAAUUUCUUUUUUGAGCUCGAACUCGAGGACGAUCAAUUGAUUAAGCUUGCUUUUUGGGCCGAUGCAAGGAGCAGAGCUGCGUUUGAGUAUUUCAGAGAUGUUAUUUCAUUUGACACCACCUACAAUACAAACAGGUAUAAUCUGGUUUGUGGUUCUUUUGUCGGGGUGAAUCACCACGGUCAGUCAAUACUUCUUGGAUGCGCUUUGAUGAAAAAUGAAGAAAUUGAGUCGUUCGAAUGGUUAUUUCAAUGUUGGCUUCGUUGCAUGGGGAGAAAUGCUCCGAAAGGGUUUCUCACCGAUCAAUGCGCAUCAAUGAAAAGGGCUAUAAAGGCUUGUAUGCCAACAACAAUUCACUGUUGGUGUAUUUGGCACAUCACGAAGAAGAUUCCAAGCAAAUUAAACGGGUACAAGGGACAUGCUGAAAUUGAACAAGAAUUGAGCCAAGUUGUUUGGAACUCUCAUAGUAAAGACUCAUUUGAUAGGAAUUGGAAUGAUUGUAUGCUGAAUUUUGGUCUUGUGGAGAACAAGUGGCUGUCAGGGAUGAAAAGCACACAAAGGAGUGAGAGCAUGCAUUCAUUUUUUAACAAGUUUAUUACCCGAAACAGCUCGCUUAUUCAAUUUGUCAAACAAUACGAUAAUUGCCUCGGAAGUAGGAAGCAAGCAGAGAGAGAAUCAGAUGCUGCAGAUUUUCAUAUGGUCAUACCAUGUGCAACCAAAUUCUCUAUUGAAGCUCAGUUUCAAGAUGUGUACACUCAUCAAAAGUUUAGGGAAGUCCAAGCACAAUUUAGAGGAAAGGCGAAUUGCAUCACUAGAUUAAUGAAUUCCGCUAUAGGCUAUUUAGUAUUCGAAGUUGGAGAUCAAGUUUCCAGCUCAAUAUUCAACAAGUUUGUGGUUACUUAUGACUCAGUAGCAGCGGAGCAAAAUAUUUGCAAAUUUACAUCCGAAUCGGACAAGUUGACUGCCAUUCUGCAUCGUGCGUACGAUAAGGUCAUGGUUGAGAUGGAAGAAUUGAAAGCCAAAAGGAAGGGGACAUGUUCGUUAUCUCAUGAAGAUGCGAACUUGGAAUCCGUUAACGAGUUUCAAAGCCCUCCAAGGAUUCGAACAAGAGGACAUCCAAAAAAUAGGCUAGGUUCAAAGUUGGACAAACAGAUUGCAAAUGCCUCAAAGAAGAAGAAAACAAAAGAUCUAAACGAGUUAAACCUCUUUCAUACUGCAUCAGUGGUGCAUCCAAAUUCCAGCCAAUAUCAAGGACGUGUUAUGAAUUGUUAG